CAAGAGACAAGACAGCACUAACCUGAAGCCAUCAUGUAAUCUCUGUCCAGGUAACAUGCAGGCUUCUAAACGCCUGACCCUAUCAGAGGAGAGAUGAGGCACCUAGAUGUUGGUUUACCAUGUGUAGCGUCCACUACAACCACUCCCUUGCUGCCAUGAGCGGAAACGACAUGAUGGCGCACUCUCUGACUCUGGAGCAGAAGACGGCGUUUGCCUUCGUGGGGAUGCUGCUGGUGUUCCUGGGGCUGCUGAUAGUAAGGUGUUUCAGGAUCCUGCUGGACCCCUACAGCAGUAUGCCUUCCUCCAACUGGGCUGAUGGUAUUGAGGGGCUGGAGAAAGGGACGUUUGAGUACGCCCUCACUUAACACAGGGACCCACGCAUCCAUAGAUGUCCUGACAAACAGAACUGCCUGUAGACACACACGUGCAUACGCAAGGACACAAACACAUGCACACACAUGCACGCACACAC